GAACCACAACAAACCAAAAGAUAUAGCUUCUUAGCGAACAUAGAAGACAGAGCACAGAGGUAUGAAAUCAUUCGCGAUAUUUUUUCGCCAAGUCGCUAUAUCUCAUACUCACAGGCUGACUCAAGUAAGAUACUUUUAGCUGCCGCCAUCAAGACAUUAACUAACAGUUGACGACUCGCUGCCAAACACUGCGGACGAACAUUCGAAUUGAACGGUUCUCGAAAAACAUAUUUAAAACGGAAUAAAAUACCUUAUUUUUUCUACUAGCUCACUCUACCUUUAAACUUCAGUCUUUCGGUUCGAAGAGACUUAUCUAUUAUUUGAAAUCGCAUAACGGAACGAAGCCAUAUGGUUUAGAAAUCUUCCCCAAAAGGAUACAAAAGGACUUUAAAUUAACUUCCUUUCGAACAUUUGAUUUUAUGAUAUUUCGAAAAAUUCAGUGAAAAGUGAUUAUUUUUGUUCGAAAAAUUCGAACUUGUAUAAAUCGUGGCGUGUUUUUGAAGAACAAAAAACGUCUCUGCUGCGUGUGAUUUGACAAAAGUUAUAGUGAGUAAGUGAGUAAAAGUUAAACCACAAGGAUAUUAUAAAAGCGAGUAGCCCAGGAGACUUCGAAAGUCGAAGAAACAGGUAAAAUUUGUGAUAGAAAGUCAUCCGCAGGAGUCAAAAAAACAUAAACGACCAACAAGUCCCUGCUGUCGAGUACUCAAUACACGACUAAUAAGCAUGGGAGCUGGUUUCGAACAAAGGCCAUGGACGCCAACAGUACGAAGGGGUAGAAUUGCUGCAGAGGCAGCUAGUCCUGGUCCAGCUUGUGUACAAUUACCCAAUUUAGUAGGUACCAAAGUGACAGAUUCCAAAAAACAAGCCUCUCCAGCAUUUAGUUUCGGUCAGAAACAUCGCUGCAAAGACGAUUCAAUUGGACCUGGUCCAGCACAAUAUAAUGUUGCCGGUCUAGGAGUCAAAGGCAAAGAUACCCCACCAGCCAUGUCCUUACAAUCCCGUCCCAAACAGAAGUCAAGUUUUAAAACACCUGCACCUGGCGAGUAUAAUGUUGACAAGGCAGCCAAAUCGAUAGUAGAUUCGGCUCCAAGAUACACAUUUGGCUAUCGACCAAAUUUAGAAAAAGCCAGCACUACUCCAGCCGCAAACCAAUACAGGGUGGUCGAUUUGAAUGUUAUAAAACGAAGAGCACCACAAUAUUCAUUUCGAAUAAAACCUCCGUUUAUUAUUUUAAAUGACACUCCAGCCCCGAAUAGUUAUCAUCCCGAAAAGGUCUCCAUAUGCCAAGCGAGUUCACCAAAGUAUUCCUUCGGUAGGAGGACGAAAAUAGACUUUGAUAAGGGAACACCAGCACCGGGAGCUUAUUGCCCGGAAAAACACAAGAUUGACAAAACACCAGAGUUCUCAUUUGGAGUAAAACACCAUGCGCCGAAGAAUGAUCAAACACCAGCACCGGGGGCUUAUAGAACCGAAGUAGUUACUUUAGAUCAUUCACCUGCUUACAGUUUUGGGGUCAAGGCUAAUGAUAGAAUCUUAAACGAAACACCAGCACCUAGUGCGUACAGUCCUGAAAAAGUUAGACUUGAUCACACACCACACUACAGUUUUGGCUUGAAGACAAUCCAUGAGUUCAAAAAUGAUACUCCAGCACCUGGAGCGUAUAAGCCGGAGAAAUGCAACUUAUCUUAUUCUCCCGCCUAUACUCUCGGUUCAAAAGUUAAUCCCGAAAAACCUUUAGAUACCCCGGCUCCUGGGGCCUACAAACCCGAACAAUGUAAGCUCGAUCACACUCCAGCCUACAGUUUCGGAGUUAAAGUAAACCACGCUAAGCCUAGUGAUACUCCAGCGCCCGGUGCAUACGAAACAGAAAAGGUCAAACUUGAUCAUACACCGGCUUAUAGUUUCGGUGGAAAGUACGACCCGAAAACACAUUACACGACACCAGCUCCAGGAGCAUAUGCUCCGGAGAACUGCAGACUUGACAACAAUCCUUCUUACAGUUUCGCUGGUAAACAUGAUCCCUCAAAGCCAAUUGAUACUCCAGCUCCUGGUGCUUAUUCUCCAGAAAAAUGUCGUCUGGAUAAUACUCCCGCGUAUACCUUUGCAGGUAAACAUGGUCCAGCUAAGCAAAGUGAUACUCCUGCACCAGGUGCCUAUGCUCCAGAGAAUUGCCGUUUAGAUAAUACUCCGGCUUACACUUUUGGUGGAAAAUAUGAUCCUUCGAGGCCAAAUCUUAAUCCAGCUCCAGGGGCAUAUGCGCCAGAGAAGGCUAACCUAGAACACUCUCCCGCUUACAGUUUUGGAGGUAAACACGAUCCACAAAAAGCCUUUAAUACUCCUGCUCCAGGUGAUUAUGCGCCAGAAAAAUGUAGGCUGGACAAUAAUCCGUCUUAUUCCUUCGGAGGAAAGCACGAUUUAUCAAAACCUAAUGGUGUCCCUGCUCCCGGAGACUAUGCACCGGAGAAAUGCCGUUUGGACCACACUCCAGCUUACACAUUUGGCGGAAAGCAUGACCUCUCCAAGCCGAAUGGUAUCCCAGCCCCUGGAGACUACGCACCUGAAAAGUGUAAGCUCGAAAAUACCCCAGCUUAUACAUUUGGUGGGAAACAUGAUCUCUCUAAGCCAAACGGUGUCCCAGCCCCAGGAGACUAUGCACCAGAAAAGUGUCGUUUAGACCAUACCCCGUCUUACACAUUUGGUGGGAAGCACGACCUUUCGAAGCCGAAUGGUGUCCCAGCCCCUGGAGACUAUGCACCAGAAAAGUGUCGGUUAGAAAAUACUCCAGCUUACACAUUUGGAGGAAAGCAUGAUCUCACCAAGCCAAAUGGUGUACCAGCUCCUGGAGAUUACGCCCCAGAAAAGUGUCGCCAGGAUCACACACCGUCUUACACAUUUGGCGGGAAGCAUGAUCUUUCCAAACCCAAUGGUGUCCCAGCUCCUGGAGACUAUGCUCCAGAAAAGUGUAGGCUAGAUAACACCCCAGCUUUUACAAUCCUGGGAAGACAAGGUGCUCCAAAACUAGCAGACACUCCUGCUCCAGGUGACUAUGCUCCGGAAAAAUGCCGCCUAGAUAAUACACCUUCCUACACAUUUGCCGGAAAGUAUGAUCUCACAAAGCCAAGUAAUACUCCUGCACCGGGAGCCUAUGCUCCCGAAAAAUCAAACCUUGAUCAUUCUCCAGCUUAUAGCUUCGGAGAGAAGCACCAUGAGCACAAGAUUGCCCAAACUCCAGCUCCUGGGGAUUAUUGCCCAGAAAAACACAAUCUCGAUCAUACACCAGCCUAUACAUUGUCUGGCAGGCAUGAUUUGAGUAAACCAAGUGCCACACCAGCUCCGGGAGAUUAUGCACCGGAAAAACAUAAUCUCGAUCAAUCUCCAGCUUAUACCUUCGCAGGAAGGCCUGAAGCAGCCAAAAUAAGCAAGAGUCCAGCUCCGGGAGAUUAUGCUCCAGAGAAACAUAAUCUCAAUCAUACUCCUGCUUAUACAAUAGCUGGGCGGAGUCAUGUUGAGAAGGCCUAUCUGACACCAGCACCUGGUGAUUAUGAACCUGAGAAACAUCAACUUGAUCAAUCUCCUGCUUAUACCUUUGGCACGAAGGUGAAUCUCAGCAAGCCCAGUGAAACACCAGCACCCGGUUCAUAUGAACCAGAGAAGCACAAUAUUGAUCAAUCACCAGCUUAUACAUUUGGUGUUAAAGUGGUAACUCCGGUUAGGAGUGAAUCUCCAGCUCCAGGCACUUAUGAGCCAGAAAAUCACAAAUUAGACAAUGGUCCGUCAUACACAUUCGGAGUUAGAGUAAAUCGUGAGAAGCCAAGUGAUAACCCAGCACCCACCGCAUAUGAAAUUGAAAAACAUUCACUCGAUCACACUCCCGCGUUUACAUUUGGUACGAAAUCUGAAAUUAAGAUUUCACAAGACACACCAGCUCCUGGAGCCUAUCGCCCAGAGGAUUGUAAUUUAGAUCACACUCCAGCUUACACAAUCGGCCCAUUAAAGGGUAGCCUUGGCCCAGCGCAAACUACAUCUGGUACUUAUGUUCAAGAUAGGAUUUUGCAAAGACGUGAAAAACGUUUAGCAAGUCCCGUUCGUCAAAAACUCACAAACGGUGAUGCCGUUGAUUCCACUGUUACAACUACAAUCACUGAAACCAUAACAAAUGGUGUUAAGGCCGAGUCUGUUCAAAAGGCUACCUACACAUUUACAGUCCAGACAAAUGGCAGUGAAGAAUUAACAUCAAGCUCCAAAUGUAUAUAGAAUUCCAACAGUAUUGGGCAGCAGCAAGGAUGGUACCAUUAAAUCAGCGCCCGCUUUCUCAAUGACCGGCCGACAAAAGCCUAAAAUUUCACCAACUUUAUUUGUACCCGGUCCCGGUACCUAUGACGGAGAAUAU